UAUAUAAAGGUGAUCAAUCUCGCAGUCUAAAAUUCAGUUCACUUCAAACGCGACUCGAAGCCGGUUUUUGCGAAAGUCGAAUCUUUUUUAUUCUAGUUGUGAUUUCGUGGAAAUUUCGAUUGUUACUCAAAAUGCGUUUCGCUCUGUUUGCUUUUCUAGCACUGUGCUUGCUGGCGUUCGUUCUGGCUACUCCGGCGAAGGACACCAAGAAGCCGGCCACCAACAGUUGCCAGCGCAACUGCGGUGAAGUGUACGAGCCCGUUUGCGCCAAGGCCAAAAACAGCAGCAAGGAGCGCCUCCUCACCUUUGGCAGCCCGUGCGUCAUGGCCAACUACAACUGCCAGCAUGCCGACGAUCCAUUCGAGCAGAAGUCCAAGGGAGAGUGCGGCGGCGGAGUGAGCGUUCGUCUGUCCUAGGAACCGGAAGUCCAAUUUCAACACUUUUGACGAUUGAACAUCUUUCACUGAUGGUGCAAUAAAAUAUUCAUGUAUUUUUUAUUCCAA